AUGCAAACCAAUGCGCAAGACCCAUCUGGCCUUCGCUCGUACCCCCUCCAGCACGUUUCCCCGGCGCAUGUUAAAUCGGUUCUCGAUCCGCUGCUUCCUCCUGGCGAAAUGAAUGCCCAGGUGGUUGCCGACGAAGCCGCCAAUCGGCUGCUCGUUUCCGGUUCGCCCGAAGUCCACCGCAUCACCGUCGGGCUCAUCCAAUCACUCGACACACCCCCGCGAAAUCCGCGGCCGACCAAUCCGAGCCGGAUGGAAACCUAUCCCUGCCCGCCCGGUCAGCUCGAUCAUUGGGCGCAAAUCGUUGCCAAUGACUUCGCCAACCGACCAGACGUCAGGGUCAGCGUCGAUCGCGCCUCGGGCCAACUCAUCGUCGUCGCACCCGAAGAUGUCCACCAGGCGGUCACCGGCCGACUCUUCACCCCCGCCGGUCAAACUCCCACCACGCCCAAUCAGUUGCCCGCCACACGUAGUGGUAACCAAAUCGCCGCCCCGCGGUACUAUCAACUUCGCAAUACAACCGUUGAAGAAAUCGAACCUAUCUUCGCCGGCAUGAUGGCCCGCCGCGUUCAGCCGAACCCCAACACGGCCCUCGGGCUGCCCGGCUACGAAGUAACCGAUGCCACCGGGAAACACGCCUCAGUGGGCUUCAGCCAGAUUCAACAACGCGUCGUUGUCGGCGGCACCGAACCGCUGGCCGGUCAACUGCUGCGAUUGUUCGAAGUGCUCGAUGCCUCGGAAGACACCCGCGAUCACACCGUGCGGAUCGUCCCCCUGGGCAAAGCCGACCUCAGUAAAGUUCGCAGCGCGGUCGAAGCCUAUCAAAACCAGGGACAAGAUCCGAAUUCGAGUGCUCAGCCAAACCGUUUGCACGACGCCUCGUCGGCACACGAUGCAACCGAAAACCAAUUCCCGGUGCGUCGAGCCGCCUUCGAAGCACCACGCGACGCCCGACCGUUCCAGGUGGCCAACCUCAUCUUCGCCCAGCAACCGGCCGAAGGGCCUCCGCCACGACCGGAAGACGAAGGCGAUCAGUCCGGCGACUUGAGCCCCGACAUCGAAGUCGAGGCUCUCCCCGAUCUCGACGUGAUCAUCCUCCGCGGCGAUCGACACGACGUGGACGAAGUGCUGCGAAUCAUCGAAGAGAUCGAGCGCCUCAGCGCCGAAGAGCAACCCAUCGUGGAGGUUUACUCCCUCAAGCAUGUCGGCAACGAACAGGUCGGCGAAUUGAUCACCAAGAUCGAAACCGCCCUGCUCGCCAGUCGACAAGGCCGAGUCAGCGUCACACCUCUAGGCAAGCCGAACGCCUUGCUCCUCAUCGGGCGCGGCGAUGCGGUCGAGGUCGUCAAAGACCUACUGGUCAAGCUAGAUCAGCCCGUCUCGCCCGACAGCAGUGCUCAAGUAUUCCGCUUGGAACACGCGGCAGCCACAGCAGUGGCAACCACCAUCGAACAGUUCUUGGCGAAUCGCGAAAACCUGGGCACCAAAGCCAUGGUCACGCCCGACGUCCGCAGUAAUUCGCUGGUCGUCCAUGCCAGCCCGCGCGAUAUGCAAGAGAUCAAGGAACUGGUUCAACGCCUCGAUGUGGGCGAAAGCCAGGCCGUGAAUCAACUGCAAGUGUUUCAUCUCCGCAAUACGCUGGCCAGCGACUUGGGCCCGCUGCUGCAAGCCGCCAUCACCGGACAGGGUGGCGGUCGUGCUCAAGAUCAACGUUCGAGCGUCCUGCAGUUCCUCACCAUCGAACCCGGUGGCGAGCGGCUCCUCAAGUCGGGCAUCUUGAACGAUGUUCAGGUCACCCCCGAUCCACGCACCAAUACGCUGCUGGUUUCCGCACCGGCCGAAAGCAUGGCCUUGAUCGGCGCUCUCAUCGAGCAUCUCGAUCAACUGCCCGCCGCCGUGGUGCAAAUCAAGGUCUUCAAAAUCAUCAACGGCGAAGCCUCUUCGCUGGUGCAGAUGUUGCAAACCCUGCUGGGCACCUCCAUCGGGGUCGGCCCACAACUCCCCCGGGCCGAAAGCGAAUCGUCGCUAGCCCCGUUGCGGUUCUCCGUCGACGAACGAACCAACAGCAUCAUCGCUUCCGGCUCGGCCGGCGACCUGACCAUUGUCGAAGCCAUCUUGCUGCGAUUGGACGAGAAAGACAUCGAGAAUCGCCGCAGCACCAUCUUCCGUCUGCGUAACGCCCCCGCCAUCGACGUGGCCGUGGCGAUCAAUGAGUUCCUGCGGAGCGAACGGCAAGUGCAGCAAGCCGCCCCCGGGGCAUUCAGUCCUUUCCGUCAAAUCGAAUCGGAAGUGGUCGUGGUACCCGAGCCGGUGAGCAACGCCCUCAUCAUCAGCGCUACGCCCCGCUUCUACGACGAAAUCAUGGAGCUGGUCGAAGACCUCGACGAGCAACCGCCCCAGGUGAUGAUCCAGGUGCUCAUCGCCGAAGUGCAGUUGAACAACACCGACGAGUUCGGCAUCGAAUUGGGUCUGCAAGACUCGAUCCUCUUCGACCGCAGCAUCUUGGGCGACCUGCUCACGGUGACCAACAGCGUCUCGACUCCCGGCACCGGCGUAGUCACAACCAACGACGUGAUUGUUUCAGCAACCAACAGCCCCGGCUUCGCAUUCAAUGGGGCUCCCCUGGGCAACUCCGGCGAACCAAACGCCCUGGCCAACAGCGGAACCAUCGGAACCCAAGGCCUCUCGAACUUCGCCGUCGGUCGCGUGAACACCGAACUGGGCUACGGUGGUCUUGUCCUUUCGGCCAGCAGCGACAGCGUGAGUGCUCUGGUUCGCGCACUGCAAGAAUCGCGACGCCUCGACGUACUUAGCCGUCCGCAAGUGAUGACACUCGACAACCAGCCGGCGUUCAUCCAAGUCGGUCAACGGGUGCCCCGCAUUACCGGAACCACCAUCAACCAGUUCAGCCAGGUGAACACCAUCGACCUGGAGAACGUGGGCCUCAUCUUGGGCGUCACCCCACGUAUCAGCCCCGAGGGGAUGGUCGUGAUGGAAAUCGACGCUGAAAAAUCGAACCUCGGCCCCGAUGCCGAAGGUAUCCCGAUCUCCAUCUCGUCCACCGGCGACGUCAUUCGUUCGCCCCGCAUCAACACCACCCGCGCUCAAACCACCGUAAGCGCCGCCGAUGGCCAAACCAUCGUCUUGGGAGGUCUCAUCACCAACGAAGAAACCACCAUCGCCCGUCGGGUGCCGUGCCUGUCCGACAUUCCGAUCGUGGGCAUGCUGUUCCGUUACGAUGCCCAAAUCGAUCGUCGCUCCGAGCUACUGAUCGUGCUCACGCCCCAUGUGGUUCGCGAUGAGGCCGAUGCUGAACGAAUCCGACAAAUCGAGUCGGCUCGCAUGCACUGGUGCAUGGCCGAUGUGGUCAAGCUGCACGGCGACGGCACGGUUUGUCAUCGCGGCGACUGUGUGCAUUGCCAGAACGGUGGCGAGGUCAUCUAUCCCGACGGCAUGCCUGUCGAAAUGAUGGAAGAAGGAGUUCCCAUCGAAGUGAUCGACGAAGGAGUGCCGGUCGAGGAACUGCCCAACUCUCCAAUGCUGGGCAAUCCCCAGGGCAGCCAUCAGCAACCCGGUCAGAUGACGGCCCCACCCGGAUCGGCACCGGUACCCCACAUGUCGAAUGCCCCCGCGGGCGUAGUCCAACCACAAGCAGCAGCGCAGUUCCCGGGGCAGGUACAACCGGCCGGCUAUCAGGCAGCCAUGAUCACCUUGGCCAGAACAGUCUCGCUCCAAUGUCAUACUCGCUUCGCGGCGUUGAGCCACCUGUGCGCGAAAUCCCUGGGCCUAAUGCUGUGCGCUCUGUCGCUCGCAGCUACCCCCGGAUGCACGAUGCUCAACUCGACGUGGGACGAGAUGGCCUCUUGGAAUGACAAGGUGCCGUGGAAAGACAGCGACGAAGACGACGAAGUCAAAAUCCCCUCGCGAAUCACCGUUGUCUGGACCGACAGCGUGAUGAGUCGACCAGGAGUGCAGUCGCAACGCGGCUUUGGUGGCCGAAUGAUGUUCUACGAGAACCACGACGAAGACCCAAUCAAGGUCGACGGCCAACUCGUGAUCUACAUGUUCGACGAGACCGAUCGCGAUCCAGAGAAUUGUGUGCCCGAGCGCCGCAUCAUCAUCACGGCCGACCAAUUCAAGAACCACUACAGCAAGUCGAGCGUCGGCCACUCGUACAGCGUUUGGGCCCCCUGGGGCGAUGUGGGCGGACACCGCAAGCAAAUUAGCAUGGUGGCCCGCUUCGAACCCACCGAUGGCGGUGGCUCGAUCAUGUCGGAGCUAACCAAGCAACUUCUGCCCGGCACCGACCCGCCGCAAAUCGCCGAAAAAGAGAAUAAGUCGGAGACGGAAAACACCGCCACUUCGCCGGUUCAGCAAGCCGCCUUCACCACCGGUCAGCCCGGUGCGGCAGUGCCCGCGGUUUCCUACGAACAACCUCAGCCCAGCAUGCAAACCACAACGAUCACAAUUCCGCCUUCGUCGGCAUCGGUACCGCAAGUGGUCGACAACCAGGUGGCGCUGAACACCAUUCCCAAUCUGGCCGCCGUCACGAACUCCCAGGCCGCAUCACCGCUCGGCACAGGAACGCUUCCCGGGCAACCUGGAAGCAAUGUCGCCGCGGAAGAAAACCCUCAGGCCGAAUCGCCCGAGGUUAUUGAUCAACGGAAGGCGUGGGAGGCGUAUCGUCAGGGAGGACACACCAGCUUCCAGCAGCGUCAAUUGCUGAGCCAAGAGACGCUCGUGCUCCGAUGCGACCUCACCCUGCAGGAUGGCCGUCCGGCCCUGCAUCGAAACCACCAGCGGACCUACCGUCUGCUCAGGGUGGCGCAGAUCUCUCGGCUGCGGUUGAUUCACAUUCGGUUGCUGCGGCGGUUGCAGAUUGAUAAUCGCCGAGCGAAUCGUUCCCCGACUGCGGCCUUGCUGAAGACCGACAAAGUUCGGCGUAUCAGCCAUGUCGGUUCCCACGAAAUCGCGCGCACUCCGGUUCCCGCGAAUGAACCGCUCGCGUCCCGUCAGCUCGCCAAUCUCUUCGGCGGCCGCCAGGUUCGGGCCCGGCUGACGACUCAACGACUGCCCCAACACCCGGGGACCAAACAUUUGUGCGCCGGCCUGCUGAACAUCGCUUACGAACAGCACUGCCAAGACGAAGGGGAUCAAGUAACGGAUCAUAGACCGUGGGACCUCGGUGGGAGUAUCAUGGUGGCAGGAUUGGCGGCGAUUUCGAAUCCUCAUUUAUACGAGGGUGCCACAGCUAGCUCGUCUAGCAGAGCUUCGACCCGGAUGAGCAAACCCAUCGAAUAUGUGAUGAUCGGGGGCUUCCUCGGCGCGGGCAAAACCACCACCAUCGCCCGACUUGCGCAAAUGUAUCAGGACCAGGGCAAGAAGGUCGGCAUCGUCACCAACGACCAAGCCACCGAUCUCGUCGACACGCAAACGCUCCGUUCGCACGGCUUCCGCGUAGGCGAAGUCGCCGGGGCCUGCUUCUGCUGCAACUUCGACGAACUCACCGGCACCAUCGAGCAACUCUCCGUCGACGAGCGCCCCGACGUGCUGCUGGCCGAACCGGUCGGCAGUUGCACCGACCUGGUUGCCACCGUCAUUCGCCCCUUGGCCAAACUCUACGACGACCAGUACGACAUGGCUCCGUACGCCGUCAUCCUCAAGCCAAGCCACGGGCGGAAGAUCCUCGAAGGCGGCGAGCAAGCCGGCUUCUCUCCCAAGGCCGAAUACAUCUUCCGCAAACAACUCGAAGAAGCCGACCUCAUCCUCAUCAACCGCAUCGACGAACUCAGCCCCGAUGAAGUCGCUCGACUCAUCGAGUUGCUCAAAGCCGAACAGCCGGACAUCCCCAUCCUUCAAAUCUCGGCCCGCACCGGACAAGGCUUCGAUGGCCUCCUCGAGAUGCUCGAUCAGCGCGGCAACUUCGGUCGCCGUGUCUUGGAACUCGACUAUGACGUCUACGCCGAAGGCGAAGCCGAACUCGGCUGGCUCAACAGCAGCGUGAAGAUCGAAGCGGCCGAGUCGUUCGAUCUCGAUGCGGUGCUCAUGGAGAUCGUCACCCGCUUGCAACGCGUCUUGCGAGAUGAAGAUGCCGAAACCGCCCAUCUCAAGGCCAUCGCCCUCUACGAAGGUUUUUACGGUGUGGCCAACCUCAUCGAUCGCGAGACCCCGCCCGAGUUGUCAUUGCCUUCGAACUGCAAUGCCAAGUCGGCCGACCUGGUCAUCAAUGCUCGCGUGGCGAUCGACCCUGCUCAGUUAGAAGAGCACGUCAUUCGCGAAGUGGAAAAGGUCGCCGCAGCCCGUGGGGCCACACUCACUUGGCGACAGACUCAGAGCUUUCGUCCCGGACGACCUGUCCCGACUCAUCGUCUGACGGCUGACUAG